AUGCUCCUCAACAUCACAGACCAUUUGAAAUGGUUGUCGGAAACGAGGCCGCAGAUUCCUCCUACAAUCCAAUUUCCCUCGCUGACUCCGGAUCAACUGCAGGAGCACAUCAGAAAGUCUGCUGCUCCGGAUGUUGCCCGUGAAUCGGUGGCACUCCCUCCACGGAUCAACAAUGCGACCCAGUCGAGAGUUCUGGUGCGCGCAAGUACGGUUACCCCGGAAACACUCCAUGAAAUGAGCGGAAUUAUGGCACGCAAGGCUGACUCUGUGCGUCAAAGGAGUCUGGGAUCCUCGCAAAAUAGUGUGGGUCUGAUCGAUUUGACUAACGAACGGGUCGCUGCGGCUCGCAAAAGGGCAAACGAGGCUGCAGGCAGCUCGUUCAGCAAAAGACCGCGAAUAAAUGAUGAUGACGAAUUUUCUGACGACGACGAAAUAGAAGCGAUAUUAGCCAAUCGCCAUUCCAGCAACUCCACAACCAAAAGCGUACCGCGGGAGGACGGGCAUUUGGCAUUUGCUGAACUCUCGAAGAUGGUUGAGAAUGUCAACCUCAUGAACUCAGACGCGCGAGAACUCAUCAGGCUACAGUUUUCGUUGAUGGCGCAGAUGGACUCGUUAUCGUCUCUUCUGCGUCAGAAUAUAUCCGUUGACGAGUCGACAUCUAUCAGUGAAGACGACAAGCGGCGCAGACGAGGCCAGUUGGCACAUGACAUUCAGCAAUCACAGGCAGUCUGUAAUCAAACCCGGCUCCAGAUACAGCAUUUUUGCAUGAAUAAAAUAGGCAAAAGGCUUGACGGUGACAUCAGCUCAGAAAUAGAUACCACGGUCAUGCCUUUCACCAGCACAGCAUAUACAGCAAAAACUACGACACAGUUUAUUCCUACGCGGGAGGAGGAAAUCAAUCAGACACCCUCAACCAUAAAUGCCACCCAUCAGUCCACGUUUCCGAGUCCUUCGUUUAAGGUCCCCCCAGUACCACUUACUUCCGCUUCUGAGCGCGAGGAGCGGCGUAACUCGCAGCUGGAUAUUGAAGAUUCAUUUAAUUGCGACAGUGACGAGCCUGAGGUGAUCUCAACGCAGGAAAAGGCAGAGCUUGACCAGUUCAUUGUGAACGACUAUAUUUCCGGCGACGAUGAGUCCUACAAAGAGGAUGAUAUAGAGGAUAUUGAAAAUACAGAGCUUGGCGAUGUUCCGGACUCGCCAGAGAUAGAAGACGUCGAGGAGGGCAUUGAACAUAUGGAAAUCGUGCAGGAUAACGCAAUUCUUCUGGACUCGCCGCCGGACGAGUUUUCAGAGGAAGAAACAGGGAACGACUAUUUUACACAGCUGAACGAGGAGCGAGAGCUUGACGUUAUAGACCUAGAGGACGAGCAAUUCUGGGACAGCGACGCGGAAAAUGAGAUUUUUGACAGACGCAACGAACAGUCGAAGAGGGCCGAACCACAGCAGCAAGUCUCGCAACACUCCGACUCCGACAUUGAAGAGCUAACAAAUGUGAAUCCGGAUGCAUACAAAAAGUUUAUGGGCAAGUUUGAGUGGACUACAGAAGUGUACUCUGUGCUGAGAAAUACUUUCAAGCUGCCAUCUUUUCGAGAAAACCAGCUGGAGGCCAUUAAUGCGACACUUAGCGGGGAGGAUGUUUUUGUUUUGAUGCCGACAGGUGGAGGAAAAUCCCUCUGCUACCAAUUGCCCGCCCUCGUAAAGUCCGGAAGCACGAGCGGUACGACCAUCGUUAUCUCGCCUUUGAUAUCCCUCAUGCAAGACCAAGUGCAUCAUCUACUACAGAACCAAAUCAAAGCAGCAAUGAUCAACUCAAAAUCGUCCGCUUCGCAAAGGAAACAGACGUUUGACCUUUUCGUUAACGGGUUUCUCGACCUAGUCUAUCUAUCUCCCGAAAUGAUCAGUGCCAGCGGAAUGGUGAGAAAUGCUAUCGCCACACUAUACAGGAAAAAGAUGCUGGCACGAGUCGUUGUGGACGAGGCUCACUGUGUUUCCUCCUGGGGCCAUGAUUUCCGCCCUGAUUACAAAGCUCUGAGCUAUUUUAAGACCGAGUAUCCUGAUAUUCCCAUGAUGGCCCUCACGGCAACUGCAAACGAGCAUGUCCGGAUGGACAUCAUCCACAACCUCAACCUGAAACAUCCGAAGUUCUUCAAGCAGAGUUUUAACAGGUCCAACUUAUACUACGAAGUGUUGCCAAAGAAGAAGACCGUGGUGGAAGAGAUCGCACAGCUGAUCAACCGCAAAUACAAAAAUAUGACAGGAAUUAUCUACUGCCACUCGAAGAACUCGUGUGAGCAAACGGCAUCACGGCUUGCCGACUAUGGUAUCAAGUGCGACUUCUACCACGCAGGAAUGACUCAGGACGACCGUCAAAGAGUCCAGCUGGGCUGGCAGAGCAACGAGAUCCAGGUCAUCUGUGCUACCAUUGCGUUUGGUAUGGGAAUCGAUAAGCCCGAUGUCCGGUUUGUCAUUCACCUUACUCUUCCUCGUAAUCUUGAAGGAUAUUAUCAGGAAACUGGAAGAGCAGGAAGAGACGGCAAGCAUUCCGACUGCAUUAUGUUCUACAGUAUGAGAGAUGCGCGUACUUUACAGGGAAUGAUUAUGCGCGACAAAGAGCUUGACCGGUUCAACAAGGAACAGCAUGUGAACAAAUUACGCCAGGUGACGCAGUACUGUGAGAACACCACUGAUUGUCGUCGUCAACAGGUGUUGCAAUAUUUCAACGAGAAUUUUAACCGCAGAGAUUGCCACAAGCAAUGUGACAAUUGCAUUAACGGCGAGAACUUUGAGGUUGAAAACCGCGACAUGACGGUGUUUGCCAAAGAUGUGAUCAAUCUCGUCAAGACUCUUAAUGGAGAAAAUCUGACUGUGAUCCAAUGUCAGGACGUUUUCAGAGGAUCAAAAACAGCCAAAAUUGUCAACUUGGGCCUACAUCUUAAUGAGUACCAUGGAAAUGGCCGGGAAUUACCAAAGAUGGAGAUCGAGCGGUUGUUCUUUCAUCUUUUGAGAGAAGGAUUCCUCGAAGAGAAGUCUGUGAUGAAUGCUGCUGGGUUUGCCACAAACUAUCUCGUUCUUGGACCCAAAGCUAGCGCAGUGCUCUACCGCGGAAAGAAAGUAGUGAUACCGUUCACCAGAAGCAAGACUCCUCAAUUGGAGACGCCGUCACUGUCUAGGACAGCCAAUAAAGAAAACACGGCUCCCCAGUUCCUUGCUGCAAGUAAGUUUUUCUCUGUCGGGCCACCAAAUUCCAGUAAAAGGUCUAUGAAGCAGGUGGAUCCCAAGUUGGCCGACCACAUCAACAAAUGCUACUUGAAGCUGCGGGAGCACCGGUCGCUGUGCUCUACGCACCUAAACCAUUCAAGGGACUCGACUAUGGCAUCUGAUACCACAUUGAAAGACAUGGCCAUGAAAUUGCCAGUUACGAAAAUAGAAUACGAUAGGCUUGACGGCAUGGAGAAGAGCCAAACACAGUACUUCCAGAAGUUUGAGCGCGUUCUACGGGCCUUGAAGCAAGAACGCGAAGCGUUGAUGGGCUCAAAGAGCCCUGAGCUGGAAGUUGUAUCGUCGUCGCUCCCGUCUCAGCAGGACCACAAAGUGGUCAAUCAGCUUUCUCAGCUGUUUUACCCAGAAAGCCAAAAUACUACACGCAAACCAAGUACUGCUUCACGGAGCAAGAGCUCGAGUCAACGAGGAGGCCGUUCGUAUCGCAGGGGUGGGGCGAGAGGCGGAUCGAGAGGUGGACUGCGCCGAUCGAGCAAAGCAGGUUCUCGGGGGAAUCUCAGAAGAACAAAAGUGCAACCAAAGCAGCCUUCAGGCUCUGUCAUUCGCACAAUGAGGAUGUAA